AUGCCAGCGAGCACAACGACUUCUGUGACGGUACUCGAGGCUUUACCAGAGAAUUGUGGGGCAUAUAACGUUCCUGGCAGCGAAUGUACCGACGGCAUGACAGCUACUAACGUCACCUUCGAUGACUGUGGCGACCCCUGGACUGUGUGUCGAUGUUCCAAUGGAAAUAUGACCAUGGAUACGGUCGUUGAUCAACUUGGCCGGGUACCGGUAGGCUUGAGACGUUAUGUUGCGACUGUCGUUGUUCUCGGCGAUACGAGUACACACGCAUACACCCUUACCAACGGGGAUAUACAUCUUUUUGGUGGUUCCGCCAUCGAAACUUGGUUGCAUGAAUCAAUGCAUUCAUUUGGUUUCGCAUCGGGGACUUCGGUAUCAAGCGCAAGUAAAUGGUUGGAUGCCAUUGGAAAUGAUUCUUGUGCUCCCGAUGAUUAUUCGUUGACUAACGCUGUAGAGGAUUUCGCACAGGUUGGCGUGAUGAAAUUAUAUUCUUUGGCUCAUUACGGCGAGUUACCGUCCGGAUGGGAACCCGAAUGCAUGAAGAACCAGCUAGCUUACAUGGAUGGCCUGCCUUUGUUUAAUAGAACAACUCUGUUUGGGAAUACUUGCGAUAUCCCUGGAAAUUCUUCCGGUGCUCGGUGA